CGCGCACGUGUCUGUCAUUAAUCUAAUCACCCUCCCCCACCCCCGCCCCGUCAGUCAGCCGGCACGAGCCUGCGCGGUCCGUGUGACUUAGCAGCUGCGAGGAGGGCGAGAAAAGUCCGGCGCGCGAGACACAAAGUUCGGUGGAGGCGCGUUCCUUGCUCGCUUGCGACGCCUCACGCGACGACGACGGCUGCUGCUUCCUCCUCCUCCUCCUCCUCUUUCGCGCCCACUCGCGGCUGCCACCCUGCGGGUGGUGCACCUAGACUGAGCUGCAGCCGGGGCACGCCGCUGAGGUAGCCGCCUAUCGCGGGGCUGAGGCGGCCAGCGCACAGCCUCUUCCUUCGGCCGGCCUGGAUUGAAGCCUCCAGGCUCCACCGGGCUCUGCUGCUGUUGCCUCCGCAGCAGUAGACGCCGGCGGUGGUGGCGUUUGUGGAGAAGCGGGAGGAGGCGGCGGCCAAGAGACGAGGAGGAGGCGGCGGUUAUGGAGCCUGAGGCAGCAGCGGCGGACAAGCCCAGCGACCCCGAGCCGGCGUCCUCCUCCUCCUCGUCCUCCUCCUUCCAGGCCCGGCUGUGGAGAAACCUGCAGCUGGGCGGCAAGAGCAAAGGCGGCAAAGCGGAAGCCGCCGAGCGCCGCAGUGCGGAGACCUCGCCGUCGCUUCCUCGCGCUCGAGCCGAGCAGCAGCAGCCGCCUGGACAGCCGGCGGCGGCCAAGGGGGAUUUGCUGAGCGGCGGCGCCGUCAAGUGGAGCGGCUUCAGGCGCAGGAAGCACGUGCUGGACCGCGUCUUCUCGUCGUCCCAGCCCAACCUCUGCUGCUCCUCGGCGGAGCCCCUGGAGGCCGUGAGCAGCGAGGCCGGCUCGGCGCUGCGCCGCCUGAGGGAGCACAUCCUGCACCACCACCACCACCACCACCAGGGCAGGGGGCAGCCGCCGUCGCCUCAGGGCCGCCGCCCCGACGACGCGCGCGCCGCCUCCUCCUCGGCGUCGUCUUCGCUCUGCCCGUCGCCGGCUGCCCCCGCCCGAGCCGACAGGGGGCGCGGCGGGGAUGGCCCCCCGCAAGCCGAGAAGGGGGAGGAGCUUCCCCCGCCGCCGCCCCGGCCGGGGGCGCACCUGUCCCACCAGAAGAGCUCCUCCCUGCCGGGCACCGCGUGCUUGGAGCAGCUGCUGCAGGAGUCGCCCACCAAGGGCAAGGCCAGAGCCAGGGAGGGCAGCGGCAGCCCCGCGAGAGCCAAUCCUACUGGAACUAGUAAUGCAGAAUUGCCUCUGGCUGAACCCGGAAUGUACCAGUUGGACAUUACAUUAAAAAGAGGUCAUAAUCUAGCAGCUCGUGAUCGAAGAGGGACAAGUGAUCCAUAUGUCAAGUUUAAAAUUGGUGGAAAAGAAGUGUUUAGAAGCAAAACUAUCCAUAAGAAUCUUAACCCUGUAUGGGAAGAAAAAACUUCAAUCAUGAUUGAACAUUUAAGGGAACAACUGUACAUAAAGGUCUUUGAUUAUGAUUUUGGGCUUCAAGAUGACUUCAUGGGAUCAGCAUUUUUGGAUCUCGGCUCACUAGAGCAAAAUAGGUCAACUGAAGUUACGUUGAGUCUCAAGGAUCCACAUUAUGCUGACCAAGAUCUUGGAACUAUAUUAUUGUCUGUUUUGCUGACACCAAAAGAACAGCAACGGGAAGGGCAGAGUUCAGUGCAAAGAUUUCAUCACUGGAGAACUCGCAGAUUAACAACAAUGUUAAUGAGGAAGAGUUGGAAAAGAUCAAGUAAGUUUCAGACCCAGAGUAUACGUCUGUCAGACCUGCACAGAAAAGCUCAGCUGUGGAGAGGGAUAGUCAGUGUCACUUUGAUUGAAGGUCGUGAACUCAAAGCCAUGGAUCCAAACGGGCUCAGUGAUCCCUAUGUGAAAUUCCGACUGGGACACCAGAAGUACAAGAGUAAGAUUAUGCCAAAAACUUUGAAUCCUCAAUGGAGAGAACAAUUUGACUUGCAUCUCUAUGAGGAACGAGGUGGAAUUAUUGAUAUUACAGUGUGGGACAAAGAUGCUGGCAAAAAGGAUGAUUUUAUUGGCAGGUGCCAGGUUGACCUGUCGACCCUGAGCAAAGAGCAAACUCAUAAGCUGGAGUUGCCUCUGGAGGAAGGGGAAGGCUUUCUGGUAUUGCUGGUCACCUUGACUGCCUCAGCUGCAGUCAGCAUCGCUGACCUCCCAAUCAAUGCCCUGGAGGACCUAAAGGAGCAGGAAGAAAUACUAAAGAGAUAUAGUCUAGUGCGGAUGUUUCAUAACAUGAAGGAUGUGGGAUUUCUCCAGGUGAAGGUUAUCAGAGCAGAAGGUUUGAUGGCAGCUGACGUUACAGGUAAAAGUGAUCCAUUUUGUGUAGUUGAGUUGAACAAUGAUAGACUGCUGACCCAUACGGUGUACAAGAAUCUUAAUCCUGAAUGGAACAAGAUCUUCACAUUCAAUAUUAAGGAUAUCCACUCAGUUCUUGAAGUGACAGUUUAUGACGAAGACCGAGAUCGGAGUGCUGACUUUCUGGGCAAAGUGGCUAUACCAUUGUUGUCUAUUCAAAAUGGUGAACAGAAAGCCUACGUCUUGAAAAACAAGCAGCUGACAGGGCCAACAAAGGGGGUCAUCUAUCUUGAAAUAGAUGUGAUUUUUAAUGCUGUGAAAGCCAGCUUCCGAACGUUAAUGCCCAAAGAACAGAAGUAUAUUGAAGAAGAAAACAGAAUUUCUAAACAGCUUCUUCUAAGGAACUUCAUGCGGAUGAAGCGUUGUGUCAUGGUUCUUGUAAAUGCCGCCUACUAUAUAAACAGUUGCUUUGACUGGGAUUCACCACCAAGGAGUCUUGCUGCUUUUGUGGUUUAUUGUAGCUGUGAGAGACAGAAUAACAACACGAAAACCCCCAGAAACCCAGAAGACAGAAGACGGAGAUGGAUAUGCAUUUUACUGUUCCUCUUUGUGACCUGGAAUUUUGAGCUGUACAUGAUUCCUCUGACACUGUUGCUACUGUUGGUGUGGAACUACUUCCUGAUUAUUUCAGGGAAAGAUAAUAGACAACGUGAUACGGUAGUGGAGGACAUGCUAGAGGACGAGGAAGAAGAGGAUGACAGAGAUGACAAGGACAGUGAAAAGAAAGGAUUUAUGAAUAAGCUCUAUGCCAUCCAGGAAGUGUGUGUCAGUGUCCAGAACAUCCUUGAUGAAGUGGCUUCCUUUGGAGAAAGAAUAAAGAAUACAUUCAAUUGGACUGUUCCGUUCUUGAGCUGGCUGGCAAUCGUUGCCCUCUGUGUGUUCACAGUCAUCCUGUAUUUCACUCCACUGAGAUACAUUGUCCUUGUCUGGGGGAUCAAUAAAUUUACAAAGAAGCUCCGAAGUCCAUAUGCAAUCGAUAACAAUGAAGUACUUGAUUUCCUUUCCAGAGUUCCUUCAGAUGUGCAACUGGUGCAGUACCAAGAACUGAAACAUGAUCCUACCCACAGUCCAAGUAAGAGGAAGAAAAACAACCCUGGCUAGCCAAAUCCGUGUGCUGAGGAGACCAUCAUCUGUUCAAGGGGAAAAUAAAACUAAAAAGCUCUAGACCUAAGGAGCAUUUCCUCUCUCUAAGCUUUAUUUAUUUUGCCUUUUAUUCAUAAUGGGAAAAUUUAUAAAUACUGUACAAAGGGAUUUAUCAGUGAAAUUGCACUUGGAAGUUGGACAGAGUUAUGACGAAGGCUUCAAAUUUAGUUUAAGCUGAAGUUUUGUUGGAGUCCAUUUAUAGCAUGAAUGUGAAAUGGUAAGUGAUAUGAUAGGCCCACAUGACUGGAUAAGUAAAAGAUACAUUUUUAAACUCAUGCUCUGGUUAAUUUUUAAAAGCUAACUGAGGAUUUAUGCAUGACCCAUCCUUUUAUCCAAAGAAGAUCACUCUUUUUUAUAUUUUAUACAUUUUGCCAGAAGAACAGAGCAAAGGCACUUAUUUGUGUGUUUCAUCCAAAAGAAAUAAAACUGUAAUUAGACCCUGCUGCAAAUAAACAAACUGACUAGGGCUUGCCUAAAAAGCAAGCUAUAUAUACACUAAACGCAAAUGUCUUACUGGAGCUCCAAAGAUUUAAAGAAGUUCUUAACACUUUUAUCAUUCCACCACAAGACUUUGAAAAAAAUAUAUACCUGUAUCUAAAAUACUGCCAGGUUUAUAACGGAUUGCAUCUUUAACUUUUUAUAUUGCCACUAAUCUUGAUUUGUACUUACUUAGCCUAGUGGAGAACCUGCAUAUCGUUCAGUAGUGAAAGAAAUAUUAUCAGAUUAAAACCAUAUUGCUUCAGGUGUCAGGCUAUGAACACCUUUUGUGCACAUAUAGUAUGUCAAUACUAAAAUUUGUUUGCUUCCUAAUCAAAAGGCCAUUUUAAAAGGCUUUACAGCAUAGCACUUGACCUAGUACUGUGGCAAAUGAAAAAGGAACAAUGUGGGCUGAAUUUAUAUACCUGUUUUGUUUCUUCAUUUGAUUCACCUAAUCAGUCCUCCUGAUAGUUAAGUGCCCUGUUGCGUGGAAAGCAUUUUUUAAAUUGUGGCAGAUGGGAAUAUGGUUUACAUUUCAAAACAUUGCCAUUGCAUAAUGAGUGGCUAGGAAUAUAUUCUUAAACUGUGACCAGUGGAGCUCUUGAGUUGAGUCUGUACACCUAAGGACCUUAUCAUGUAGUCCUUACAGAAAACCUGCAGUGGAUGUCAAAAGGACCAAUUAAGAACUAAUGGAUUUGUGCCCUCAGGGGGGAAAGAGAUUCCACACUCUUCAUUACAGAACAUUCAGUCUGCGUGGUGGCUGCUUACCAGAUUCUAUUGCACUACUUACUGUUAAAAUAGUACUUUUUUUGAGAGAGAAAUAUUCAAUAGUAUAUGCACAGGAAAAUGUAUAUACAUUAAUUUACAUCUAAAGGUAUUCUUAAACUACAUUUCUCAUGAAAGCUGAUUUUGAAAAUUAUUUUUAUCUUAGAGAUGUGUUGCUGUUUCUUACAAAAGAACUAUUUUGAAAUUGCCUAUUUAUACAACAUGCUUGAAAGAAUGCCAAACAAGUUAUGUAUCUGCAGGGAAGACUUGACCCGAACAUGUUCUGGUUAUGUAGCCAGGUAAUCAUGACUUACUCAAUAUGCACAUGUAUGCAGGUCGUGUCUCUGUUUAUUGCUGAUGAACAAAUAUGCCAUUAAUGAAGUCAACCUAUUGAAUUGUCUGUAUUAAUGUUGAUAAUUUCUUUUAGUCUGGAAUAUUUUGUUCACAGUGAAAACCUGUUACAUAAUACAUGAAGACUUUUCUCUUUAUUUGUUCACUUACUAUUAUCUAUCAUUCUGUGGGCUUUUUUUCCCCCUGUACAAAAUGCUGACCUAACUUAUUUAUGCCAUUAAACUCAUAUGACAAACAAUU